AUGAGGCCUUUGAGUCGCCUCAUUUGCGGGAGAAGCAGUUCCAUACCAGCUCAUCAGGGAACUGACGGCGGAACGUUGCCGCGGGCUAGCACGUCGGGCAGAACAAGUUGCAGCUUUGCAGAUUCCCUCACUUCCAGCACAGAUCUACCCACAAACGCAACUGAGGUGCCCGCACUCAGUCUCGAGCACGAGACAGAGGACUUCAUAGACGACCUCAAGCAAGGGCAUCCGAAUAUCCUCGUCACUGUUCGUGUCCGUCCUGUACAGCCGCGAGAGCUACAGAACGGCAGCAAAGACGUGGUGCGAGUUCUAGACAAUAAGGUUGUGCUCUUACUGGACCCUGGCUUGUGCAGCCACGAUGACGUGCUACGAAUCAAGCGCACGCGGGAAAAACGCUACGCGUUCGACUAUGUGUUCGACUCCACGAAAGACCAGCAGUGCGUGUACGCAAAUACAACUGAAUUCCUCGUCGAUGGAGUUCUUCGUGGUUUCAACGCGACUGCCUUCGCGUACGGUGCCACCGGUGCGGGGAAAACCUAUACGAUGAUUGGCUCAUAUGAGAACCCAGGCGUGAUGGUGCGCACCCUGAAGGACCUCUUUGUCAAGGUAGACCAGCAAUCCGCUGACAACGAAUAUAAUAUCCGUUGCUCUUUUUUGGAGAUUUACAAUGAAACUGUUCGGGAUCUGCUAGACGCUCGAAAUGAUCAUUGCGAGGUCCGCGAGGAUCCAACACGAGGCAUGGCCAUUUCUAACGUAUCGGAGGUUGCUGUCAAGACUGCGCACGAGAUUCUUGAACUGCUUCAAAAAGGGAACAAGAGGAGAAUACAAGAACCAACGGACGCGAAUCAAACCAGCAGCCGCAGUCACGCUGUCUUGCAGGUUGUAGUGACCCAGAAAAGUAGAAUACCCGGCGUGACCGCAGAGCUCGCAGUGGGUAAAUUGUCAAUGGUGGAUCUGGCAGGCAGCGAAAGAGCUUCUCAGAACAACAAUAGAGGGAUGCGUAUGGUAGAAGGGGCAAGCAUAAAUCGGUCCUUACUUGCGCUUGGGAACGUCAUCAACGCAUUGUGCGACCGGGGCAAAACGGCUAAAAAUAUUUUUGUUCCUUAUAGAGACAGCAAGCUAACGCGUCUCCUCAAGGACUCUCUUGGUGGCAGCUGUCGGACUGUCAUGAUUGCAAACAUUUCGCCUGCACACACACAGUUUGAAGACACCAACAACACGUUGAAGUACGCCAAUCGAGCCAAAAACAUAAAGACCAUUUCGAAACGAAAUGUUUUGACGGUCAACUACCAUAUCGAAAAGUAUACGCAUGUCAUUGAGCAGCUUCAAGCCGAAGUCGGCACCCUGAGAGCCAUGCUUGCAUCCGGGGCGCAGGCCUCUGUAUUGCAGGUGCGAUUCCCACGUGGGUGGCAGUUGCGGACUUCCUCCCGACUCUUAGAAUGCACAAUCUGGAGAAAAACGAUUUCAUUAUGCACAAGGGAUGCUAGAGCUAUCACUGUUGAUGACAGCUCUCUGCUCUCGCGUCGCGACCAGCUUGUUGCUGGCUACACGUUCAUGGUCGUGCUCUUCAACCGCAGCUCCUCCAUUGCCUACGGGGUCUGUAACUGCGUGUCAGACUGGGAGGCUCGCAGGAGCAGCAUGGUGGCAGUGUCCACCGUGUGCACGGACCCGGGGGCAUCAGCUUCCACUAGUCGGGUGGCCGGCAUCGUCAAGACUCUGCAAGAAAGGCAACGGCUGCGUCAAGCUCUUGUUCGCUUAGACGAGCAGCUGCACCAGCUGGAGCAGCACUCCCCACUCAAUUCGGACGGCGCGACCUGCAGUCUCACGAGUCAAGCGCGCUCUUUACAAAAGGUGGAGCCUCUUGACAGCCAAGGACUUGUCUCAACAUUAGUGGCCACGCCGUCCCUGUACCUCUGGUGGCGGUUCGGAAGGCACAUAGUCCGCUACAAGUGUACCACACACCGGGAUGUCGAUCACUGGACCCCGCCAUGA